CCGGAGACGCCGCGCCUGGUCCGGGAGCGCGAGCGAAAAGAGAGGCGACCCGUGGCCGGUAGCCCGGGCGCGGGCGAUGCGGGCGCCGCGAGCGGCACCUGCGGCUCCUCUCGGCGGCGGCCGUCGCCUCGGCGGCAGCAGCGCGGGCCCCAGCAGCCUCGGCAGCCACAGCCGCUGCGGCCCGGGCAGCCUCCGCUGCGGUCGCCGCUUCUGAUGCGCUUGCCUGUUCCGGUCCCCGCGGCUCCGGGAGGAUGUGGGUCCUCGGCAUCACGGCAACUUUUUGCGGAUUGUUCUUGCUUCCAGGCUUUGCGCUGCAAAUCCAGUGCUACCAGUGUGAAGAAUUCCAGCUGAACAACGACUGCUCCUCCCCCGAGUUCAUCGUGAAUUGCACGGUGAACGUCCAAGACAUGUGUCAGAAAGAAGUGAUGGAGCAGAGUGCGGGGAUCAUGUACCGCAAGUCUUGUGCGUCGUCAGCGGCCUGUCUCAUCGCCUCCGCCGGGUACCAGUCCUUCUGCUCCCCAGGGAAACUGAACUCAGUGUGCAUCAGCUGCUGUAACACCCCUCUUUGCAACGGGCCAAGGCCCAAGAAAAGGGGCAGCUCUGCCUCGGUCCUCAGGCCGGGGCUCUCCACCACCGUUCUGCUCCUCAAAUUAGCGCUCUUCUUGGCACACUGCUGAAGCUGAUGGAGAUGCCACCCCCUCCUGCGUUGUUCUUCUGGCCCCCGCUCCCCACCUCCCCGAGUUUCUUCUGGUGUCCUUUUAUUCAGGGUAGGAAGGGGAGUAUGUGUGUUCUUUUUGUUCCUUUGCAAAUAAUGAAAGAGCUCCUUGUGAAAGCAUUUUUGUAAGCUGAAUAAAUUCAGUCCGAUUUUUCAGUGUGGACACUUGAAGGGGGGGGAGCAAAAGU